AUGUCUAAAUGGAUUAAAUUGAAAUUCCGUGAGGUUUUUGUGGGUCAAAACUGCAACUGUGGCGCCAGUCUUCCCCGUAAGAACCUCUUUGUCCAUCCAAAUCAUUUCACAGGUAGUCUCAUACCUGAAAUUGUUAAAAUGACCAUGAAAAGUCAUGAAGACGAAAAGUAUAACUCAAUUACUAUGGCCAGCAGCAAAAAAUUUGUUGAUGCUAUUGUGUCAGGAGACGUAAAAACCGUUAAAAAAAUAUUAAAGUCCACCAAACUUUGCAGACAGUGCAGUGAUAAUUUAAUAUCAUUAGCAAUUAAAAAGAACCAAUCAGUAAUUGCGAAGUUGUUGAUCAAACAUAGUGCCAAAACGAACAACAAUGUGGAUAACUCUCUGACAACCCCGUUGUUUUACGCCAUUCGACGCAAAAAUUUGAAAAUCGUGAAAUAUCUUGUGAGAAUGGGUGCAAACGUGAAUUGGAAGUCACCAUCGGGUAUGACUCCACUAAUGGCAGCUGCAGAACGAAGUAAUUUAAAAGUACUUUCAUUUAUUUUGGAACAAAAACUCGAUGUAAAUGAUGUUGACGCUUCGGGAAAUACUGCUUUGCACUAUGUGUUCAACUAUUUGACCAGAAAAGAUCGAUUGAGAUAUUCUUAUUCCCACACUCCGGAGGGUAGUAACGACUGUGAAAGAAUCAUCUUGUUACAUGAAGCUGGAGCUGAUUUAAACGCCAAAUGUUCAAUGAAAAACUAUCCAAACUUAACAACAAUUUUGGAUUUGGCAGUGUAUAUGGGAUCCAACGCUACAGUUACUUAUCUUCUGUACAACACCCCUGUGGGUCUUAAGCAGUUAGACUAUUCCAAAAUAGAGCUAGCUGCUUUUGACGAAAACGCCGUCGACGAGGAUGUACGGAACAACGAUGAGUACGUCGAGUUGCUAGAAGAACAAAGCUCAAAUCUUCGAUGUCUUUUAGCACUAUUUAUAAUCAAUCGGCAUGAAAUAGGAAUUUAUGCUACAGAAGAUACUCUUCAGAAAGUUUAUGACUUACUGAAAAAGGAGGAAGAGGAAAAUUCAACAUUCUUUGGAUACUGUCGUGAGCAAAAGCAAUUAAUGAUGGAGAAUCGUCGAUUCCUGGAAGAGAAACAAAUAGGAUCAAACAGAAUUUCAUAUUGGAAGUUCAUCACCGGGAACCGAGAAGACCUAAUGAAGCUUUUUUUCAAUGACGAUUUUCUGUCUCAACCAUUAUUGGACGAGCUGAAUGAUAUAAGUACGGAUCAUCGAUUUUUUUAUUAUCAAGAACUAUUCAUGGACAAAAUUUCAUACGCAAUCGGGAAAAGCAACGCUGUAACAAAAGUUAUUGAGGAGGUCAGUUAUCUGUUUAGAACAGUGUUGCCUUAUGAUUGCUGUGAGCGUAUUAAAGGCUGGAUUAAUUUUUGUCUCGGAUCUGAUGAUCAGACUUGUAGCAAUGAUGCAGAGGUAUCAACUAUGAAUCUUUUCAUCUGUCUCAUAAAUGAAGCUAUUCGUUUGUUUACUUAUAUAAUCGUGGCAACAGAUUUUGACAUUCUUCUGUCAGAAAAAUUAAUACAUUAA